CUCCUUUCUUCUCUGCAACAUCAAAGAAAAAGGAGCACUCUCAGCUUCACAGCACCCUCACUCUCUCUCUCUCUCUCUCUCUCUCUCUCUCUAAAAUUUUCUCUCUCUAAAGCUCUCUCUUUCUCUCUAUCAUUUUCUCAGCUCUCACCUAAAAAAAAAGAGUGAACAGAGUAUUGGGUAGUGGUGCCAUAAGUGUUAUGAGUGAGAGUUGAUGGUUUGCUGUUAGAAUUUGAAGUUGUGGUGGUGUGUAAAAGUGUGUUUGAGUAUGGGGUCUGUUUGUUGUGUUGCUGCUAGAGACAAGACUAUACCGAAUGGAUCGAGUGGUGAGAUUUUGCAUAGGAACAUUCGGUAUUCGCCAACGUGGAGCUUUCGGUGGGAUAACCGAGGGCGGGUAGCUGGUGAGGAGACUUCUAUUGGUUGGUUAUCAGAUGGGAUAAGCCGGAAUGAUGGGUCUGAAAAUAAAUAUGAACCGUCAUUUGCUGAGGAGGGAAGUCCUUUGGAACAUUUUCGAAGAUGUACGUGGCAGAAGUCCCUGAUUUCUGAAGGAACUGCUGGGCAUGUGAGGACUCCUGCUUCAGAUCAAUCUAUUUCAAGGAAUGUUUCUAUGGAUGUGAGUUUGGAUCAGGUUAAGGAAUCUCCAACAGUUUCAUUUCCAUCUCCUAUUAAACCAUCACUGUCGUUGCCUUCUACUUCUUCAUUAUUUGCAUCCCCCUUGUCAUCCCAAGGUCAAUUGCCUCCAGCUAGCACAACUCCAUCAAGGUGGCCCCGCCGUUCUCCAGGACACCAGCUUUUAAGACAAGUAUCUGAUAGUCAAAUCCCCGGAUUCAAGUCACCAGACAGCUACUCAGUUUCCGAAGAAAGGCCAGUGCUCCCUUCUUGGAGCAAUGAAUCAGCUAGGGGCUCACGUGGGGGGUCUUCAGAUGGUUGGUCUAUGCAUGCCUUUUCUGGGCUUAUGGCCUCUUCUAAUAGAGACAGGUGGUCUUUUGAUAGUGAGUCCUUUGGCUUUAAUCGCGAGAAGUUAACCAGAUCCAGUAGCCGAAUAUCAACUUCCCCCUCUGUUGAUCUACAAACAUGUGGGGUUUGCUCAAAACUUUUGACUGAGAAAUCCUCAUGGAGCGGCCAAAAGAUUAUUGCUAAUAAUGAGCUUUCUGUAGUUGCUGUGCUUGCUUGUGGGCAUGUUUAUCAUGCUGAGUGUUUGGAGACUCUGACAUCUGAAAUUAACAAGUAUGAUCCAGCUUGCCCAGUUUGUACUUUUGGGGAGAAACAAACCCUGAAAUUAUCUGAAAAAGCAUUGAAAGCAGAAAUGGAUUUUAAGGCUAGAAAUAAGAGAUCAAGGAAUCGGGUGGUGGAUAGUGAUCUUGAUGGUGAUUCUUUUGUGCUUGAACGUUUGAAAAGUAGUCAAGGGAAAGGACCCAAGAUGGCCUCCAGUUCCAGCAUGAGAAGCUCCUUGGGAAAGCCUUUCUUGAGGCGGCACUUUUCCUUUGGCUCAAAAGGAUCUAAAACCUUAUCAGAGAACCAGUCUACGAGAAAGAAGGGGUUCUUCUGGGUGAAAUCAAGUAAGGAGUGAGCAAACUCUACGCUGUUAGGAGUGUUGUUUAUACAUACAGAUUCCAGUGUUGAUAUCUACAAUCUCAGUUUGGACAAAAGAAUUAUGAAGAUUGCAAGAUGUCAGUCAUCAAGAUUUUGUUAUGAAAAAAUCUUCUUCUGCAUACACACUCUAAACUUCAAUAGAGCUUGUGGAGUUAAGGACUGUAAAGAAGAGAAAAGAGAAUCUAUAGAAGGAACAGUUCAAUAUAAAAAAGAAAAAUAUAUUAGAAUGAAAAUGCAUAUCAUUAGACUGGUGGUCUCAUUCUUAUUUUGUACAGAUCAAUUUGUUUUUUGCAUGGACACAUAAAUGAAUUGAUCCUAAUGAGAUUCUGUAAUCUUUAUGGUUAAGGGACCGUGGAGGUGCCAAGAGGGCAAUAUUAUGCCCACUUACCAUUGUGUGCAUUGGUGGAAGGGGUGGUAUUUGCUAGGCAAUAGGUUUACAAUAUGAUUUUCUGUUGAUGAAUUACAUCACUGUUUACAUACUUGAUGAUGAAUUAUUAAUCCUUGCAGAGUAAUGAAAGAAUUGUGGUUGCUGAUGAA